AUCGGCGGAUGGUUGGACGAAUGACUAGAUCCAAUCCCACGGUUCGUGGGGCUGCAGCCUGACCAAAUGUCCCUUUUGUAAGAGUUGCGUCGUGCUGUAGCGUGCCUAUACAAGGAGUUCGCCUGAAUAGUAAUGUAUUUCCUGGUCAAAUGCACUGAAUUUUACACCUUUAAUGCAGUAAUACAUUAAAAUAGAAGCGAUACAAGUAUGUGAGAAUAGAUGGGCGCACUUAUUAGGUUUAUACAGUAUUAAGUGCUCGUAAUCGUAUUAAUGCACACAAAAAUGAGAAGUUGGUAAGCAGGUGACUGCCAGACCACACAGCGCCACUUCAGUUAUGCACCUCCAGAAGUAGCAGAUUCCUGCUUCCUACGCUUGAGUUUCACUCAGUUUUAUUUCCCACGAAAAAAGCAGCGCUCGUCUUUAGUUUAUUUCGAGCGCUACGCCGGCGUCCGUCAGGUGAACCUGUCGGUUCCGGGUGUCUCCCGGCUUGAUUGCGCUGCACUCCGGGACGGUGAGUUUAAAAUGGCGACGGAGGCGGAGGAACAGCUGUGGUGACACUGGAGGCAACGCCGAGCGGCCGCUCGAUAUGGACCGAUCGACGCGCCCGCUGGGUCCCAUGGCGCUGGCAGGGCGCCCAUAGCUCCAGCGACAUGGCGCUCGCCCCCGACGGGGCCGAAGGCUUUUCUGCUGCAACCUUGAUGGCCAAUGGCUCCAUCACGGAGCAGAGCCCCACCGUGCUGAUAGGUGUUUCCAGCAUAUUCCCGCUCAUCCCCGGGCAUCCAGAUCAGCCCUGCUCCGUCCUGGCAUCCAGCUUCCGGCCUUUUGCCGAAACACCAGAGGAGGAUGGACAGAGUCUCACUUCCCAGGACUCUGGCAUCCCAACACUGGAGAUCAAUGACCCAGAACCCUUCCGCUGUGUACGGCCCACUCUACAUGAGGGCGUGGCACCCCGAGCUCGGGGCUCCGACGACGGCCCUGCCACCCUGACGCUGGAGCCAAUGGACGACGGAGGGCUGCGCAAGUCCUCAACUUUCCCACGCAGCGGCUUCGACUCGGCACAACUGGCGAGCCCUGGGGUGCGCAGUGCCCUCCACCGCAGCGACGACAUUUCCGUGUGCAGUGCGUCCAGUCUCAGCACCGAGCUGUCUGCCACUCUAUCCGUCAGCCACGAGGACAUGCUGGACUUCAUGGUCACUUGUGACUCCAGUGCCAUCGUCACGCUGGAGACCGACGAGGGCCAUUUCUCCGAGGUGUCGCUCUCUUCUCCUGCAGUCCUCGGUGACUCCUGGAACCCAUCACAGCACAACACAGUUGCCAUGUCCCAGGAGGAAGGUCGACCCAGGAGGCUGGGGCCCCUUGCUAACUUCUUCAGCAGGAGCCUGUUUGCCCGCAAGGGGAAGGAGCCCAGGCCGCUGUCACAGAGAGAGCCCGGCUGGAAGCUGUUUGGGAAGGUGCCGCUGCGAGAGGGCUCUGCCAAGGACCCCCGGAGGAUCCAGAAGGUACACCAAGGAGGGGAAUAUGAAACGAGAAAGGGGCGCCCCGGCAACCCCCCCUCUCCGAGGCAGAACGUGAGGAAGAACCUGGACUUCGAGCCACUCUCCACCACAGCGCUGAUCCUGGAGGACCGUCCAGCGUGAGUCCCGCCCUCAGUCUGGCCUUUCUGUGCCGCGUCGCCAUUGCUACCAGAGGGUGCCUUGUGGUGGGGGGGGGGUAUGGCGCUUAAUCCUCAGUCUCUCUGCUGCCUUGAGUUUGUCAGCAUGCUGCCCUGUACGUUCAUAACGGAAUUUGGCCUGUUUCCACGGCACUCUAAUCCCCCUCACUCCCCCCUUCCUUGUCUUUAUUUACUUCAUAUGUAUACAUGUAUUGUUUCUGGUUAGGGAAUUGUAAUCCACUUCACCCGGCCCCCCCACUUCGGGGGCCUUGGAAGUGUCGCUUUGGCUCCUUUAACUGCUCCCCCCCACCCCCGCACCCGACACUGCUGGCUGCACUGCGGCGAUAAUGCAGCGGAGCGUAUAGCCUGUGAGUGCGGGGAGCGUAUAGCCUGUGAGUGCGGGGAGCGUAUAG